UUGUGGCUCUGAGCGACAACAUCGAUCGGCUUUUAAUUUGUUUUGUUUUGCGCGUGUUGUGAAAUUGUAACUGUAAAAUGUCGCAAAUUAAGAAUUUAAUACCAACCACUGUAAAUCCUGAUCUGCAAAAGGAGCGCUCAGCGGCCACUUUUAAUGUUGAUGAAUUCGCCGCCUGGUGGCAAGGCGGAGCUGAUAAACUAAAGACCAAACGGGUAAUCGAGCAGGCCGUGUUCAGCGAUCUGGAGGAUGGUUAUGGCAUUAACCAUGAGUAUAUGUCCCACGAGGAUCUCUACAACUCGACUGUGAAGAAGGUAGCCGAGGCAGCGCCCAAGCUGAAGGCUUUGCAGGAGAAACUGAACCCUGGCGGCAAAGACAUUUGGCCUGGCUGCCUUUAUUCGGUGCACGCCCAUGGCCUGUUUCCCGCCAAUCAUCCGCUGGCCACGCACAUUACCAUGUUCGUGGACGUGAUCAAGGGUCAAGGCACACCCGAACAGGUGGAGAAAUGGGGCAGCUUGGCCGAGAACUGCAAUAUAAUUGGCACCUAUGCACAAACCGAACUGGCCCAUGGCACCAAUGUGCGUGGUAUCGAGACGCGCGCUGACUAUGAUCCCAGAGCUGGCGAAUUUGUGCUCAACACGCCCAACCUGGAGGCCUACAAGUGGUGGCCCGGCGGCAUGGGUCACACGGCCAACCACGCCAUGGUGGUUGCCCAGCUGUACAUCGCCGGCAAGCACAAGGGCGUGCAAAUGUUUAUUGUGCCGCUGCGUGAUCCGGAGACGCAUAUGCCGCUGCCGGGCAUUGAUAUUGGUGAGAUCGGCAAGAAACUGGGCAUGGCUGCGGUCAACCAGGGCUUUCUGGGCCUGAAGAACGUGCGUAUUCCACGCACCAACAUGUUAAUGAAGUACGCCAAGGUGGACCGCGACGGCACCUUCACCGCCAGCCCCGCCUCGAAGGUUACCUAUCUGACCAUGGUCUUCACACGCUGCCUGAUUGUCAACUUGAACUCCACGCUGCUCUUGCAGGCGGCCACUAUAGCCACACGCUACUCCGCCGUGCGUCGCCAGAGUCCUAUUGAGCCGGAUCAGCCCGAACCGCAGAUCAUAGAUCAUGUGACGCAGCGCCUGAAACUGUUUCCCGAGAUAGCCACCGGCAUGGCCUAUCACCUGGCUGCGGAGCACAUGUGGGAGCUGUACGAUCAGACUGUGCUGGAUGCCAACAAUGGCAAAUUCGAUCGGCUGCCCGACAUGCACAUCCUCUCGUGCGCUCUGAAGGUCCUCUGCACCACCGACGGCUGUGCGGGCAUUGAGCGUCUGCGUCUCUCCACGGGCGGUCAUGGCUAUCACAUUGCGGCCAAUCUGAGCAACAUCUAUGGCAAUGCGGUCGCUGCGUACACCUACGAGGGCGAGAACACGGUGCUGCUGCUACAGAUUGGACGCGCUCUGGUGAAGGCCUGGGCCAGCUAUAAGCAGGGCCAGACGCCCUCGUCUUCGUAUGCCUACUUCGAGUCAUCCAUGCGCCUGAAACAGUUUCCCAAGUGGACUGGCUCCUGGCAGUGCAUUGUCCAGGCGCUGCAGUACACGGCCGCCCAUAAGACCCGCAUCGCCUUUGAGAACUUGUCGGAGCGCAUUGCCGCUGGCCAGUCGCAGGCUGUGGCCACCAACAACACGGGCAUCGAACUGACACGCGCCGCCGAGCUCCACGGCCGCCAGUUUGUGUGUGAAACGUUUAUCGCGCAAAUUACAGGACCCAAGGCACAGAAACGCUCGCCCGCUUUAAACAAGGUACUGGAAAAUGUGGUGGAACUGUUUCUGGUGCAGACUGUGCUCAACAAUUUGAGCGAGAUCUUGAGAUUCGUCAAUCUGACCGAUGAGGAUCUGAGAUCUCUGCAGAAACGCUUAGAGCUGUCGCUGGAGAAAUUCCGCCCGGAUGCGGUGGCCAUCUGUGAUGGCUUCGACUUCCAUGAUCGCGUUCUUAACUCUGUGCUGGGCAGCUACGACGGCAAUGUCUAUCCACGACUCUUUGAUGCGGCCAAGCGCAGCACCAUGAACCAGAAGCCCGUGCAAAAGUCAUUUGAAACCUACCUGAAGCCCUUGAUGAAGGCCAAUUUGUAAAUGGCGACAUGUCAAGGAUGGGUGAACAAGGCCCAAAGACCCCUUUUCCACUGUUAAAAGAUGCAUUUAAAAGAACUUAACUAAAAUAUACGAAUUCGAUGACUGAGCAUCGAUACGGA